GCAGCGACCGCCCCCGAGCGAGCGGCGGAUUUGAGCCGAGGAGGCGGGCGGGCGCGGAGCGGGUGCCGUCCGAUCCCCGCGGCCAUGGUGGAGGGCCCCGGCUGCGCGCUCCACGGAGAGCGGCUGCGGGCGCGGGUGCGGCGGGGCCAGGCGGUGCGGAGCGCGCGGGGCAGCGCCCCGCCAGCCGGAGCCGGCGCCGCGACUGCUGCAAGUGAAGAGAGAACUUCUGGUCACGAUUUCCUUGUCGGACAUGUUUACAGGGGUGUGGAGACAUUGGGAAAGGAACUUUUUAUGUAUUUUGAUCAGAAAGCUUUGAGGAUUCACUUUGGUAUGAACGGUUCCAUGCGCAUUAAUCCUGAUGGAAGCAAAGACAGAAAUGGAGCACUACCAGUUUUGGAGAUACAGCUUACAGAAGAUACUGUUUGUUUUUUUGAGGUGACAGUAGAGUACAGAAAUGCAGCUGAGAGUGAGCGGAAAGUGAGAAUGAUGGAAAGCUUGGAUGUCUGUUCUCCAAAGUUUAGCUUCUUAAGAGCAGAAAGUGAGAUUAAGCAACAGAAAACCCGCAUGUUGUGUGAUGUGCUACUGGAUCAAGCAGUAUUACCUGGAGUGGGAAAUAUCAUAAAAAAUGAAGCCCUGUUUGACAGUGGUCUUCAUCCAGCUCUUACGGUUUGCCAACUGACAGAUGAACAUAUACGUCGCUUGGUGAAAAUGACACGUGAUUUUACCCUGCUUUUUUAUAAGUGCUGCAAGACUGGGUCUCCACUGUACAAACACUACAAAGUAUACAGGCGCCCAGCCUGUGGUCAGUGCAAUGGGAAGAUCACUGUGUGUCGUUUAGGAGAGAAUAACAGGAUGACUUACUUCUGCUCCCAGUGUCAAAAGGCAGAUCCCCAGCUUGUCAAUGUUAGCAAACUGCCAACUCGAAAUAGCCUAAUUGGCUGGGCAUGUGGCAGGGGGUCAUGUUCUAACGAACAUGUAGCUCAGAAAUCUGAAGAGGAGUGGACGUGUAUGCGCUGUACCCUAAUAAACAAGCCUUCUGCUGGAAUUUGUGAUGCCUGUUUGACUUCAAGGCCUGAAGUUCCAAAGACAAAGAAUGUUGAAGAUUCCGCAGCCGUUAACAUAAACUUAAUGAAGUAUCCUUGUAAUGAUUUCAGAAAACCAAGCACAGAAAUAAAGAUCAAUAGGAAAGCUGCCUUUGGAACUACAACUCUUGUCUUAACAGAUCUUGGUAACAAAAGUGUUUUGAGAAAUGAUACCCCGAUAUCCGACGGACACUCUCAGUGUGUUGCUCCAAAAAGCAACUUUAAUCAAAUCCAAAACAAUGCCUACCAGUCAGGGGGAAGCAGAGACAAGGAUUGCUCAACACACGUAACUGCUAUGGCUUUGUCCUCCUGUCAGCAACCUCUCACUUUCAAACACAUACAAAAGAAACAGAAAACUGAUCACCUCCCCUCUGUUUGCCAAUAUAAUAUAGCGGUCAGCAAACCUCAAGCUCACAAGGCAGAUGAUAUUCACACGUUAAGCAUGGGCCAUCCUCGCUGCAGUAAACACAGCCGUCCCUGCAGCCUCAGGGUUGUGAGAAAGGAUGGAGAAAACAAGGGCAGGCAGUUUUUUACCUGUCCUCUACCCAGAGAAACUCAGUGUGACUACUUUCAAUGGGCUGACCUGAAUUUUCCAUUUUGUAACCACGGCAAGCGAUGUGUGAUGAAGACUGUGUUGAAGAUUGGUCCCAAUAACGGAAAGACCUUUUUUGUGUGCCCUCUCGGGAAGGAGAAACAGUGUGGCUUUUUCCAAUGGGCAGAAAACGGGCUGGGUAUGCAGGUUAUUCCUUGACGUUUUUGUUCUAGUUAUCUGCUCCUCAGGAUGUCUUAAGUGCAUACAACUUACCUAGUCAUUUCUGUUUUGUUUUGUCUUUUUUCCCUGUUCACUGGUUAAUCACUACAGUAGCUCCAACAAGGUGAAGAACUGCAGAUCCAUAAAGAGUAAUUUUACAUAGUCCUAUAAAAAUUAAACGCUGCUUGUGUGUUGUAUACUAUUUUGAAAUAAACAUCUAGCUUGCAGUAUAUUGUGCCAUACUGUAUACUGUUACAUUUCUAACAAAAAAAUUGAACUGUUUUCUUUUAUUCAUGUAAAUGUCACUCAAGUUUGACAACACUGCACGCUUUCAAGGAUAUAUGAUUGAUAAGAAUGGAUAACUUAAUCUAAAUCAGUAUUUUAAAUUGGUAGAGUAUUUCAUAAAUGUAAACAUGUAUUUAAUAAAAAGUGAAUAAAAAGUCA